CUUGUCUCUUGAUAACCAAAACCACUCGUUCUCACAAGAUGUUAAGCCUUGUGUCGUGUCUGUGUUUUCUCCCCUUGAUAGCCUCCUCGUACAAAUCGCCUCAUUUCUCCCCCAACCGCUCCACCAUCGUCCACCUAUUCGAAUGGAAAUGGUCGAGCAUCGCCUCCGAAUGCGAAAACUUCCUCCAGCACAAAGCCUACGCCGGCGUUCAGGUUUCACCCCCGAACGAAAACUUAAUAAUUGACGGCCGACCUUGGUGGGAAAGAUACCAGCCUGUGAGCUACGUAUUGAUUACGAGGUCCGGUAACGCGAGUUCUUUCGCUGAUAUGGUCAAGAGAUGCAACGCUGUGGGCGUGAGAAUUUACGUUGAUGCUGUUAUUAAUCACAUGUCGGCGGGAAAUGGGGUCGGGACCGGUGGCAGCCUGGCAAAUGCCUCGCAUAAAUUUUACCCAGGAGUGCCAUACGGCCCCGAUGAUUUCAAUAAAAAUUGCGAAAUAACCAACUUUGAUAAUAACGAAAAUGCAAGAAACUGCGAACUGGUCGGUCUGAAAGACUUGAAUCAGAGCAAGAAAUACGUGAAGGGCAAAAUAAUCGAAUACUUGAAUCAUUUAAUCGACCUGGGGGUGGCGGGGUUCCGAAUCGACGCCGCACGACACAUGUGGCCCUCAGACUUGAGAGAAAUCUACUCGAAUUUGAAAAAUCUAAACACUGAGUUUGGCUUUGCCGAAAAUUUGAGACCGUUUAUUUACCAGGAGGUGCCAACAAUGGACAAGGAAUAUACAAAAUUGGGAGCUUUGGUCGAGUUCAAUUAUGGGAAAUCGUUAAGUAAUGUGUUUAGAGGCAAUGAUAAAUUAAAAUGGUUGGUCAAUUGGGGCCCAUCGUGGGGUCUAAUCGAUGGUUCAGACGCUGUUGCGUUUAUUGACAACCACGACACCCAGCGGGACAAAAAUGGGCACAUUUUGAGCCACAAAAAAGCAAAGCAGUACAAGAUGGCAGUUGCGUUUAUGUUGGCACACCCAUAUGGUACGACCCGGAUUAUUUCGAGUUAUGCCUUCAAUGAUUUCAAUCAAGGUCCCCCGGCUGAUAAGACCGGUGAUUUAAUUCCUCCAAACUUUAAUAAGGAUAACACUUGUGGCAAUGGUUACGUCUGCGAGCAUCGCUGGAGAGAAAUCUACAGCAUGGUGCAAUUCCGGAACGUCGUUGCUGGGACCGGUGUUGAAAAUUUCUGGUCGAACGAUGAUCAGCAAAUAUCGUUCUGUCGCGGAAAUAAGGGUUUUAUAGUUUUUACUAAUUGGGGCGAUGUUGAGCGGGAUUUACAGACGUGUCUACCUCCCGGGAUUUACUGUGAUGUUAUAUCAGGAAGUCUGAAGGCCGGAAAUUGCACCGGGAAAGCCGUUAGAGUAAAAAGUGACGGCAAAGGGUUUAUUCGGCUGGGGGCGCUUGAGUUUAAUGGUGUCCUGACGAUACACGAAAAGUCAAAAUUGAAAUAAUUUAGUCAAAUGAAUUUUAAUAAAAUUGCCCGGCGCUGAAGUUCUAUACAUAUCAAAUCAACACAAACGUUUGGAUUAAAUCGAAAAAUAAAUUAUUUGUACGCUCCAAAAUUGUAAAACAGGAAUAAAUAAAAUUAUUAAUGCGCCGGCAAGGUCAAUACAGCCGACCAUAACGUGUUUACGAAAGGAAAAUAAAACACAAUUAAAUUAA